AUAAUUUAAGAGGUUGAACGAAAUACCUUGUAUCUCGGAGUGAUAUAAAAGCGGCAGGUUUCUUUCUGAUUUAACUGUGUCAGCCUGAUUAGUCGCCAUGGACGGGAUGCGCCUUUUCCAGCUUCUGUUCUUUACUUCUUUAUUCGCCGGAAGUCAUCUGCAAUCAUGCCCAUGUCCAUUUAUCUAUGACCCUGUGUGUGGGUUGGACGGAAGAACAUAUUCCAAUCCCUGUUCAGCAAACUGCGUGGGCAUGCCCAUUAGAUGCCGUAACGAAUGUCCAUGCUCGUGUCCCUGUCCAAGGAUCUAUGACCCUGUCUGUGGUAUUGAUGGAAGAACUUACUCCAACCCAUGUCUGGCGCGCUGCAAUGGUAUUUACUUUUAUCGACAAGGAGAGUGUCGGCAGAAUUCCAAACGUUAUUAACAGCACUACUGAUGAUAGUUCGUGUUCCUGCUGGGGAGCAUUGUUCGCUGGUCAAAAAAUAAAUAUUAUGUCUUAUAUCAA